CAGAACAGCACGUCGAAAACGUUGUGUCGAGAAAGCGAUCGCCGUUGCUGCGAUCGAUCUCUCCCCCGUUUCUGCUUUCUUCUUCUUUUCCGAUUCUUCCUCUCCGAUGCGUCUCGUCUAUGGAACAUUCUUUCUUUCUUUUCUGCUUCUCAUCCUGCGCAUGCCUGCAGGCGAAGCCCUCCGAUCUGUCGGUGACGGCACCGAUCUCCGCACCGACCUCCCCGACGCCACCGUGGAGCUCAACAGCUCCAAUUUCGAUAGCGUUCUCAAGGAAUCGCCGGCGAGUUUCGCCAUCGUCGAGUUCUUCGCUCACUGGUGUCCUGCUUGCAGAAACUAUAAGCCUCACUAUGAAAAGGUUGCAAGGCUUUUCAAUGGGCCAGAUGCAGUGCAUCCUGGGAUUAUACUCAUGACACGGGUUGAUUGUGCAAUGAAGAUAAAUGCAAAUCUUUGUGAUAGAUUUUCAGUUGGUUACUAUCCCAUGUUAUUGUGGGGUCCUUCAGUUAAAUUUGUGGCUGGUAAAUGGGACCCUAAGCAAGAGAAAAGUGAGAUACAAUCAAUUGAUGAUGGACGGACUGCAGAUCGACUACUCAAUUGGAUAAACAAAAAAAUGGGCAGUUCAUUUAGCUUUGAUGAUGAAAGAUAUGAAAAUGAAAACACACUUCCAACAAAUGUCUCUGAUCCUGAACAGAUUGCACGAGCAAUUUAUGAUGUUGAGGAAGCAACAGCCUUAGCUUUCGAGAUAAUCAUACAACACAAAAUGAUCAAGUCAAGUACUCAAGCACCACUGAUAAAAAUUUUUCAGAUUUUGGCAACACAUCAUCCUUCAAAAAGGUGUCGGAGAGGAAUUGCUGAGAUACUUCUCAAUUUCGAUGACCUGUGGCCUUCCGGUCCGCUCUCAAUCAGUUCAGAAGAGGCUCCCAUAUUACAGGAACUGGACGUACUUAAAUCCUAUUCAAUCUGUGGCAAGGAGGUUCCUCGUCAUUAUUGGAUAUUUUGUCGUGGGAGCAAAAACGAUACGAGAGGCUUCAGGUGCUUGCAACUUGUAUCCAUUUUGAUUGCUGUACUAUGCUGUGGCCUAUGGGUUCUGUUCCACUCCCUGUCCGUCAGGGUUGGAGAUGGAGAGAGCCAAUCGGUUUUCACUGCAAUAUGUGAUUUUAUCCAGAACUUUUUUGUCUGCGACGACUGCCGUAGGCAUUUUCAUGAGAUGUCUUCAAGUGUCUCAGUACCAUUUAACAGAACUCGCGACCUGAGCAUGUGGCUAUGGAGAGCACAUAAUAAAGUCAACGAGAGACUCAACAAAGAGGAAAAGGCAUUAGGCACAGGUGAUCCACGAUUUCCGAAGAUCAUAUGGCCCCCGAAGCAGCUCUGUCGGUCGUGUUAUGUAUCUUUAAGCAGGAAAAGACGCAGCAACAUGAAAAUAUAUUGGAAUGAGGAUGAGGUGUACAAAUUUCUGGUCAGAUAUUACGGGAGGACCCUUGCAUCUUCUCACAAUGAUGCAACUUUGAGUAGCAAGUACGAUGAAUCCUACGACAUCACCACCUCAACUAAUGCAGUUGCGGUACCCGUUGGGGCUGCAUUGGCCAUCGCGGUUGCUAGCUGUACAUUUGGAGCAUUAGCUUGCUUUUGGAGAGCCCAGCAGAAGAAUAGGAAGUACACAUACCAACUUCAUUCUUUCAAGGACAUAUGAUUAGUAGGAUGCUAAACAUUCUGUGUUAUGUUCUAAUUAACGAGAAUUUUUUUUUAUUAUUUUGCCCGAAAAGCUGACCAUUUUACUGACA